GGAUGUGUUCGCAGGACCAAGAAUAAUCAUGCUUUCAUCAUCAGGAAUUGAAAUCACGGUCUUGAUUUUAUCUUGAAAUGGGCAUACAAGGCCCUCUGACGGCCCAGGCGCUGGGCCGUUCGCCUUAUGAUCAGGAUGUCGUCCCAGGCGAAGGCGAGGAUGAUCCAAAUACGCCCAACCAACAGUAUGACUCGCGAGGUCGCCCUAUCAACCCUGAGACCAAGCGCAUCAACCGCGACAUUGUCAGAGCUCAUAAUGAAGUUAUGCUGGUCGUUGGGGUUGCUGAGCCAGAUAAUCCCCAUGCUGCUUCCGAGCUUGAGGAAAAGCGCCAACAUUACGCAUACGAAAGUCACCUUGGACAAAGGAUGAUAUGGGCAACUAAUCGAUGCUUCGAAAUGGUUGGCGUGUUUGGCGUCGCCGGGCUGAGGCAGAGACUACUGGUCUACAGCAAAUUCUCUCAAAUCCCUUGCUACGAACUCUGGCAGUCGAGGUGGGAUCUUUCGCCUGUUCGUGACAUGUUUCCUGGUGUCCCUUCUAGCUUAUUGGCCCACUACAUCGAACGCCGUUUCCUGCCUCCGUGGACGCCGUGGGAAAGCAGUAGUGGCAUCAAGGAGAAGAUGGCUCGAUAUUGCUGGAAGUAUUUUCAAAUACAUCUCGAACUAUUCGCCAUCUACCAAAGGCUGGGCCUCGUCAGCAGGUACCAGCUACUGCCUACGUGGCGUUUCUUCAUACCGUUCACUCAAGACUCGCCGAUUAACCCGAUGCAACCGUUGACUGGAUACACACCUUCAGCUAUCAUGCAAUGGGUGGGCGGUGUAUUCAUCUCGGCAGCCCCUGUUUUGGCGUGGGCCGCGAUUCAGAGCUUAUGGAUCAGCCUGCGCCCUUUCUUCUGGGGUUCAAUACUCCCUCACUUACCCAACCCUAUGAGAACUGGCAGAGGAAUCGAGCCGCUUCCCCCACCUGUGGCUCAGGAGGCAGAAGUGACACCCGCUGAACAAGAAGAGCGGGCCGCGCAACCGGGAGCAGAGAGCGAAGCGGCGACCACUACUCCUUCUCGUGAUGCGGAGGAUCAUAAUCCAACAAGCCCCGAAGACGAACGGAGCGAACCGCCUGUUCUCUCACGCAGGCAGAGCACGGUUUCUGCCGGCAUCAACAAUGAAUACGAUAGCGAUGACGAUCUCCACGAUGUUGUCAGUGCUACUCUGAUUAGCUUCGAUGUCGAAGCAACGGAGGCGACAGACUUGCCCCAAGGGCUCUGGUCGGCCGAACUCAGACCUAGCACGGGACCGGAAAACAGCAGAGUGCCCUUGGCGCCCAUAUACCUAGCCACAGAGUUGUCCAACUUACCCUCGGUCUUAGCAGCCAAGGUUCUUAGCUACUCUGUCAUCAGAGUCGUCCUAGCCCCUGCUGAGGCCAUGACUCUUCGUCUUAUAGCACGAUCAUUCUGCCUCCGCAAUGGGUUACCCGUGGAAGGCAUUCAGGGUAGUGGUUUACUGCAAGGAGCGAACUUCACGUGGCUGGUCAACUUCUUAUGCGUUGAAUUGACUUGGCUCUCGCUGUCGGGCGAGAUCUGGUCCGCCGCCAGCGCGAUUUCGACAUGGCUGCACAAGUCUGAAGAGGAGUGGAAAGAGUUUGAAGGCAAGGAAUGGGGAGACUGGUUGGGACCGUGGUUUACGAGUGAGACGUACUGCUAGAGGUAGGCAUCCAUCAUUGUCACGACAAGGGUCGUCGGAGCUGUACAAAUAUGCGCAUCGCACACGGUAUGGGCGGCGUCAGGCGUUCCGGGUCGCAAGCAACAAGCAUUUCAAGUUGAAUUCACCGUUUAGCAAUUACUUCGCCGU